ACGGCUUAUAGAAAAAUGGAAAAAAAUAGGGAAGAGCAUGGCGUUUCUAUGGACGCUUGCGGAGCUUCUUAUCAUCCUGGUUUUGAUCGGAGUAUUAGGUUUAAUUUCAGCGAUUUUAUUUGAAUCCUAUAGGAGGAGAGACAAUCAUGUUCAUGUUGAAGCUCCGGCGAUCUUCGAGGAUCCGAGUUCGUUGAAACAGGUUCCAUGUCCUCAUAUUUCUGAUCCAGCAGAGAAGUAUUUAUCUUUGAUAAUUCCUGCCUAUAAUGAGGAACAUAGGCUUCCUGGAGCGCUUGAAGAAACAAUGAUUUAUCUUCAGCAACGUGCAGCAAAGGAUAAGUCUUUUUCUUAUGAGGUUUUGAUAGUUGACGAUGGAAGUUCUGAUGGGACCAAAAGAGUAGCUUUUGACUUUGUAAGGAAGUACACAGUAGACAACGUAAGAGUUAUCCUUCUUGGAAGAAAUCAUGGGAAGGGGGAAGCUAUACGAAAAGGAAUGCUGCAUUCACGUGGUGAACUACUUCUGAUGCUGGAUGCUGAUGGGGCUACCAAAGUGAAUGACCUUGAAAAACUUGAAACAAAGAUUCAUGCAGUUGCCAAAAAGGAAAAUUUUCCUGGAGAUUCUUCUUUUUCUUCAAACUUUAGGAUAUCUGAUAUUCCAGUAGCUGCAUUUGGUUCUCGUGCUCAUCUUGAAGAGAAAGCUCUUGCAACAAGAAAGUGGUACCGGAACUUCUUAAUGAAGGGUUUCCAUCUCGUGGUUCUCUUGACUGCUGGUCCUGGAAUUCGUGAUACACAGUGUGGUUUUAAGAUGUUUACUCGGGCUGCAGCAAGGAAGCUUUUCGCAAACAUCCGACUGAAAAGAUGGUGUUUUGAUGUUGAGAUUGUUUUCUUAUGCAAGUGGUUUGGCAUCCCAAUGAUUGAGAUAUCCGUAAACUGGUCUGAAAUUCCUGGAUCAAAAUUGAAUCCAUUGAGCAUUCCCACCAUGCUUUGGGAGAUGACGCUGAUGUCUGCUGGAUAUAGAACCGGCAUGUGGAAACUCCAUCCCCUAACCAAGUAACUCUUCGUGUUAGACUGUCUAAAACUAUCUAAAAGGAGAUUUCUUUUUCCUUUUCACUGGCCUCUAUGGUUGUUGGUCCAGUGCAGGAAUAGGAAAACAAGACACUAGAUUCAGCCAACCAUAAAAAUAUCACUUUAUACGAAACUCAAACAUUUUUUCAUGAGCUUGUUUAUGCAAGUCUUGAUCUAACCAGUACCAUGCAGUUUCAGAUUGUAACUAUAGACUACGCAUUAUGUUUCUUAGCUACUAUAAAGAUUAUCUUUGAGUAAUUAUAUCCUUGAAUGGAUUAGUACUUCCAUCGGAA